AUGCAGAAGAUCAGUCACUUUGCAACAUGUGCAUGCCUAAGUGACAGGAGGAAAUACCCAUCAUUCUUCAGAACGGUUCCCAGUGAUUAUUACCAGAGCAGAGCUUUGGCUAAGUUGGUCAGGCAUUUUGGCUGGACAUGGGUAGGGGCCCUAUGCAGUGAUAAUGACUAUGGGAACAAUGGCAUAAAUGAAUUUAUCAUUGCAGCCAAAGAAGAGGGAAUAUGUGUUGAAUAUUCCAAAGCAUUCUUUAAGACAGACUCCAGGGAAAAAAUUCUGAAAAUAGUUGAGACUAUCAAAGCUUCAACCUCCAAAGUUAUUGUAGCAUUUGUUGCAUAUACAGACCUUGGGGUUCUUCUAAAGGAAAUGGCCUUACAGAACAUGACUGGGUUUCAGUGGAUUGGAAGUGAGUCUUGGAUUUCUAAUACAAACCCAGCGAAUGCUCAAUGGCAGCAUCUUUUGAAAGGGUCUGUGGGUUUCGCUAUGCCAAAAGCUCAAAUCAAUGGCCUAGGAGAAUUUCUGACCAAGCUUACUCCAGCUUCUGAUGUUGUUUUUUACAAAGAGUUGUGGGAAACAAUAUUUGACUGUAAACUUUUGACACAAGAAAAUGCUGAGAUAAAACAAAGGUGCAAGAGCAAUGAAAGUCUCAGUCAAGUUCAAAAUCUUUAUACAGAUGUUUCAGAGUUACGAAUUGCAAAUAAUAUUUACAAGGCUGUGUACGCUGUGGCUUAUGCCCUACACAAAAGAUAUGGCUGUUCAAAGAGGGACAUUGGACAAGAAGGUCCUGUCUGUGCAAACAUAUCAGAUAAUAAACCAUGGCAAGUAAGUGUAACAAUAUAUCCUUCUGAAAAACAUGUACGAAUAUAUUUGUUGGAAUGAUUUAUGUUGAAAUGCUUUAUAUAGGUAGUCAGUGAGUUGACAAAACUCCAUUUCACCACUACAAAUGGAGAGGAUGUAUACUUGGAUGAAAAUGGAGACCCAGCAGCCAGGUAUGAAGUG